UGUUGGAAAACAAUUAUUCGCUCUGUCAUCAAUAAUUUUAAUUCCUGCUGAUGAUCUGAGAAUUUCCUUUGCAUCUUUUUCAUCUAAAUCUGAACAUAGUGUGAGAUUGAUACUUUCUGCAUGUGCACGCAUAACCGGAACGCGAAUGCAAGUUGCAGCGAUGUCAACAUCUUCUGUUGACCAGAUCUUUUUCGUCUCGUUCACCAUUUUCAUUUCUUCUUCGUUAUAUCCGUUAUCUGUCAUCGGUGCAUUGUGCGAGAAAAGAUUAAAGGCGUACUGCAAAUUGAAUAUUUUCAUAGUGACAGGAUCACCGUUGAGUACAUCACGAGUCUGCUGUUCCAAUUCAGCCAUCGCAAGCGCACCAGCUCCAGAGGCAGCUUGAUAAGUGGAGGCAACCAUUCUUUUGAUUCCAACGGCUCGAUGAAUAGGAGUCACUGCAACGAGUGCAAUGAUAGUGGAGCAAUUCGGAUUCGAGAUGAUGCCGCCGUGCAUUUUGCCGAGUUUGUACUCUGCCAUUGAAAGUGCAUUGACUUCAGGAAUGAUAAGUGGCACACCUUCUGUAAGGCGAAAAGCAGAAGAGUUAUCAACGACAAAACAUCCUUUCUUGGCAGCUAUAGGACCAAAUUUUUUGGAGAUUGAGCCACCAGCAGAAAACAGUGCAAUGUCGAUAUCAUCGAAAGAAUCUUCUUUCAACUCCUCAAUUUUAUACAUCUCCCCAUCGAACUCUACUUCUUUACCAGCAGAUCUGUGAGAAAGUAUGAACUCAGUAGUGCAAUUAAACAUAAAUGCGUUCCUGUUAUUAUUGCAUACAAGCUGUGCAUGAAAUUUACAGUAACUGGACGUGCCUGGCAGAGGCGAGCAUUUUCAUGCGACUGUAUGGAAAGUUUCGCUCAGUAAGCACCUGAAGAAGAAAUGCUGUUACACGAGUAUACUUGGAGAAUUGCGAAAAUAACUAUCUUAUAAGAAUUAACGCUAGUCUGGUACGUACCCGAAGAAAUUCUUGUCCGACAGCACCCGUAACACCAGCGAUGGCUACUUUUGGCCCCGAAGAAUCUUUGGAAGCGUAUACGGAAAAGCGACACUGAUUGCGGCGGCGAAUAAGAGCGUUUCGACGCGAGAGAGAAGCUUGCGAAACUGGCGAUGCAUAACAGGUGCGUGCACAGAUAAGCGAGACCGAGCGCGUCAUCGUGACUGCGAUAGACGCCUUCGCGUCAAGCAGAUACAACUGUGAAGAGUCCGGGUGGUGGUUGAUGCACAGUUGCACUACACGACCUCAAGACGUCUGGCAGGCUCCGUUUUGACCUCUGGGCUUUGCAGGUCCUGCAGCCUACCUUCGUACGAAAGUACUUUCGUACAUAGUAGGGCCUACUUCGCGUACAAUGCUAGCUACAAUGUACAGACAGAACCGAGGAUUUAUGAAACCCUUAAUAAACGUGUACGUGUACUCGUGUACUGCAUGCGUAUCCUACACAAGCACGCGAGUCGUACAGUACUACAGUUGUACACCACGUGUACACGUGCAGCUGUACAGGAGUACAGCUGCGCACCAAUUAUCGUGUGUCGUGCACUGCGUGAAGUACGUGUAUUUAUACGUGUACGACAUGAACAUGUAUCUUCGAAGGUGCACAUAACGCGUUGAGCGUGCACAGCUGUACACUGUACACUUCAAAGCUGUACACGUAAAUUACAUACAGUACAACUAACGGUGUACUUCGGAAGUACUUUCGUACUUUCGUACAAAGUACGUGUACUCCGGAAGUA